CCCUGUUAAUUGUAUCAAUGGUUUCACACCACUAUUAUAGAUGAACCCUCUCUUCCCUUAUUUGUAUGGAAUCUCUACCAAAAUUCCACUAAUUCACACACACAAACACAAACCUCGUAAUUUGUCAACUUCUUAUAUUAAUUGGAGCAACACAACCUAUUUAUGAUACCAAUAUAAAGAGCAAAAGAAGCAGCACCGCCACCACCCUUUGUGGAAAUUAAUCACAAACAAAUUCCAAUCAAAGAAAAGUGAAGGAAAAUCGAUGGGGAACGCUAUGGGGAGUAAAAGAGCAAAGGUGAUGAAAAUAGAUGGUGAAACGUUCAAGCUGAAGACUCCGGCCAGAGCAAACGACGUCGUUAAAGACUACCCCGGUCACGUUCUGCUGGACUCUCAAGCGGUAAAAAACUUCGGGCCUCGGGCCAAGCCCUUGGAGCCCGACCACGAGCUCAAGCCCAAGAAGCUUUAUUUCUUGGUGGAGUUACCCAAGGUUCGGCCCGAGCCACUGACGAGGAGGGUGCGAUCAAGUGGGAUCCGUGGCAUGAACGCCAAGGAUAGGCUUGAUUUCUUGAUGCUGUCGAAACGCUCCGUUUCGGACCUCGCCGUGGUGAAGCAUGGGCCGGGCCCAGACACUAGUAGUGGGCCCACGAGGGUGAGAAUGAGGGUGCCCAAGGCCCAGUUGGAGAGGCUCAUGGAGGAGAGCCACGACGGGGGUGAGGUGGCGGAGAAGAUCUUAAGUUUGUACAUGGGGAACAAUGCCGCCGCCGUGGACGGUGGCGCAUCGGUGGUGGAGGCCCAAAAGGAGCUUCGCAAUCGGAAAGCACAAAGGAAGAAGGUGAGUUUCAGUCCAGUAGAACAUGAGGAAAUUCACGAGGAAUCAGCAGCACCUCAAAAGUCACUUGUCUAUACUAGCCCUUCCAGAUAGUCAUUUAUGCAGAAGCAAGCCAUUAUUUGUAUGGUAAAUGCUUCUGCUUCUGUAACAAUUUAGUUUUGUUCUAAAAUCUGUAGCCUAUAUACAUAGACAUGUCUAUACAUUUAUAGAUUAACAGUGCUAAUAUCAAAUGUAAUUUUCCCCCCACUGUAGUCAAAUCUGGAAAUGUAUUUUCUAGAGACAUGUGCUUCUUUAAAUGUUUUCCUUGAAA